GAUGUGACGCUACGACGGGGGCGCUUGUGACUUGCGAAAUGGAGAUAGCAGCUGUCCGUGAAAGCAAGCCUCUGUGUUUGAGGGUUUUGUUCUCUGGUGUUUUAGAAAUAUCGACGGGCAGGAAAACGGCGACAGCAGCCGGCGGGACAUCACCGCAGCAGCCCACACAGACCUCAUGAAAUGCAGCACUCGGUAGGAUGAUCCGGAAUCACGUAGAAGAUGAGUUUGUUGCGGUGCGGGUCCAAGAUCCCCGCAUUCAGAACGAAGGCUCCUGGAAUUCAUAUGUAGAUUAUAAGAUAUUCCUACAUACCAACAGUAAAGCCUUCACAGCCAAGACAUCCUGUGUGCGGCGGCGCUACAGCGAGUUUGUCUGGCUCAGAAAGAAGCUGCAGAAGAAUGCAGGUUUGGUACCAGUCCCAGACCUUCCAGGAAAAUCCCUCUUCUCCUUCAGCAAUGAGGACUUUCUGGAGAGGAGGAGGAAAGGACUCCAGGUCUUCUUGGACAAAGUGGUGCACACGACGGUAUGCCUCUCGGACAGCCAGCUCCACCUCUUCCUGCAGACCCAGCUGCCGGUCGGCCACAUCCAGGACUGCGUUCAGGGACACACUCCCUACUCCGUGACGGACGCCAUCCUCACCUAUGCCUCGUCCAAUCGGGGGCUGGCUCAGGCUCAGGAGGACGAUUCCAUCAAGGAGCCCAGUUUGACUGUUUCCUAUGAGUCCAUGGAAAGCCCAGCUCCUCAUCAACCUUCUAUACAAACUGAGACCUUCAGCCCUCAGCUUCUGUCCUGUGGAGACUCCGACCCUCUGGAAGGUUUAACAGAACUCUGUGAGCAGGACUCAGCUGAAAUACUGCACAAGGAGAACUCCACGAUAAGGAUCUCUCAGAAGAGCAACCAUCUGGAGGCCGUCGUCGAGGACUGUCAACCAACAGAGGCGACUUUUUAUCUAGGGGAGAGUCCCAGCUCUGCAGAACAGACCCAGCAGAGGAGCUGCCAGAUCCAGACACCGGUGGAGGUACAUUCCCCCAUGGGGUCUGGAUUUCACUGUGGGGUGGAGGUGGAGGAGCAUCCCGACAUCCAAGAAAAUAAAAAUAGAGAAAGUGACAAUAAUGAGCCUGAAAAAUAUGCAAACUCUGUAGUGAUUUUAGAUUUAAAGGACAAUAACUCUGAGGAACAAGUUGCAGAAAGCAGCUCUCAGGAGGAGGAAGUUCUGGAGGACGCCUGCACUGAGAAUCAGGUUUUAGAAAAUCAUGUAAUCUCUGAGGUUAAUGAGGGUCACGUUGCAGAUGUUGACUCAGACGGACAAAUACUGUCAGACAACAAAACAAAUGAAGAAUCAGGAAACAACAAGGAGAUGCCACUUCAGCCCGAAAACCAUGACGGCGCCCACAGUGUGAAUGAUGUACCAGAGGUGAGGCGUGAUGGUGACAACCUUCCAGAAAUGCACCUAACGGGAGAUAAGCAGGAGCUGGAUUUGGUCGGGACCAAAGACGAGAGCGACGAGGAUUCGCUGCCAUCCUCCAACGAGAGCAUUGUGAAAGUCAGCGAUGAGGAAAGUAUCCACGAAGACACCAAGUACUCGAUCCAGGCUGCUAACGGCUUCAUGAAAGCGUCUCCUGAGGAUGUUGCUCACUGGUCAGCUGUGGAGGCCUCCAGCAGGAACAUUUUAGACCUCCAGAUGAACGGAUGUCCUGAGGAAAAAGAGGACGUUCCAGAGCAGGAGGACGAUAACCUGCAAUACGUGGCCAACAUCGGCAGCCUGACUAAAUCUCUGGACGUUAACUCGACUGUAACUGACGGAGAUUUGGCUGAAAACAGUGACAUAAGCAUCUUAGAGACCAGCUGUGUGCCUGAAUUAGCGGAUAGCAAGUUUACAGAGCAGGAAGCCCUGUCCUCGCUGUCUCUGGACGCCUCGGAGGAGAAUCAGGAGGUGGAGGUGCGUUAGUUAAACCCCAUGAGUCUGAUGAGGGCUGCUGCAACAGUGAAGCGUGAGAGUCGUCUUCUGCCAAAGACGCAUUCAAUCACACAGACAAGGUACAAACUGGAGGUCAUGUAAACUCUGCUCGCUAUAUACACAAAGUGGUUGAGCCGGUCUGUUAGUGGCAAACUAUAUUUUAAAAGCACCGUAUUUACAUCUAAACCUCACACUGUCAGUCAUGUUGUUGGAAUAACAUUUUAAAUAUACAGCUAAUUUUAAAAGCUAUAUUUUAAUUUGCACUCAGGUACAUAAUAACAUAAAUAUCGGGCACUGGUUCAUAUCCUCUGACUGACUUGAGUUACUUUUUGUGAACAGCAGAGGGCGCUCACAUUCACAGAAGCUUGAUUUAGCUGAUAUUCCAGUUUUGUGAGCUAAAGAUGAAGUAAAACAAACAUGUUUGGCUCAUUUUAUUAUGUGAGAUUAUUCUAAAAGCCAAACACUUGACAGACAAAUUAUGACUGGAAUAUACACUAAAAUUAAAGGGUAAGUUCACAUUUAUUUACAGUCUAUAUUAACACAGGACUCCAUGGUUGUCAGGGUUGAAACAAUUAAUCCAUUAGUUAUCUUCUAUUAAUCUCCAACUAUUUUGAUAUUUAAUUAACUGGUCUGAGUCAUUUUUAAGAAAAAAAAGUCAGAAUUCUGAGAUUCCAGCUUCCUAAAAUUGAAUAUUUUCUGGUUCAUUAUGACAUUAAAUUUAUAAAAUAACAGACAAAUUAGUUGGAGCCCUACUGGUCAUCAAGCAAUACUUUCCUGAUGCGAUUUUUUUAAAAAAAGAAAAUUAGGAAAUUGACAUUCUUCAGUAGACAAAUCAUGUGGGUAUUUUCAGAACUUACUGUUUAGUACCAGUUUAACUCCCUUUAAAAAGUCAGUAUUUCCUUGUUGAGCUGCAGUGAAAAGACAGAUGACGACUCCACUUGAUUUGUCUACUUCAGACAAAAUUACUCUAAAUUGACCAGCGCAGACGGAAGGAACAAUUAAAGCAAUCGAAAACUGUUUCACUGUACAUUCAGGUGCAUUUCUUUCAAAACGGACUCGUAAAAGUGAACCUAUCUUUAAAAUCACUGGGGACUGCGCACAGCUAUUCCAGUUUUCACAUCCUCACUUAUGUAAAUCAUGAUUAGUCAAAAACUGUGUCUGAAUGUUGUUAAAAGUUAAAGAAACAGCUGGUGUAGAGUUGCUGCUCAAUAAUCCUGUUACAAAAGACGCGUCUCACUUGUCUGUGCCUGUUUGUGUUGCAGCAUUUAAUGAAUCACAGGUGAAAGUCGCCACUACAGGAUCUAUAGCUUUGACUGGAGAUGAGAACUAUCAUAGAUGGACUUAGAUAUUUAGAUUGAAGCCAAGUGGACAUAUAGGUGACGUCUUUGCACACACAGCAGCGUUAUACUUGUGAACAAAUCAGAGGGGUUUGAACAACAGCAGGGUGGUUUGGAGUGGUUAAAUCACUCGGGAACCCCUGCGCAAUAGACAUUUCAGGCUCGUGACCUUGAUUCUGACGUGUACUGUUGUAAUAUGUGCAGCUGUUUUACUGGAUUUGACCUCCCUGAUGAAAAAAGGGAUGAAUCACACAGCGCUGCCUCUUUUCUAACUAACUUAAGUUAAUUAAGAUGAGCAUUAUUUGUUUACUUUUUCCCGGAUCUGUGAGCCUUAAGUCCAGCUGGUACAACACGUGUGUAAUAUGGCUGCAAAUGUUGUUUCCACACUACUGCUGUUUGUGCUUCUAAUUAAUUUUCAAAAGGGACCCAGGCUUUUUAUUGUGGUGUUUAAAUGUCAAAAUUACACAUAUUUUGUUUUAGUGUGUGUAAUGUCAGAUCUACUGCAGCAGGUGGUUUGUAACGUACUGGGUUUUGUUUUCUUUCUACACUGUAAAUGACUGCAGGUAUUUUUUUGUUUCUUUUAAAACGUUUUCUUUUUUAAAAGGAAUGUUUUAAAGCGAAAAUCUCCCUUUCAAAUGAGACCUCUCUUUUAAAACAUGGAUCUACAAAGGUAACGCUGACAUCCUGAGUGAUGCAUCCAUGUAAAUAUGCAAAUUAUAACCUUAUUUUAUUUCAAAUAAAUAGGUUUUCUUCCGUAA